AUAGACGCUGCUGACCGGGACCGGGGCCGGGCCGAGGACCGAGGGGCGCUCACAGAUUACUAAUCCCAUUUAAAACCAAGAACUCUUGGUUUUCCUUCAAACAUCUCCCCUGACGGCUGAAUUAUUACUUAUUUAUUUAAUUUUUUUCUCCCUCAUGUGAAGAGAGGGGGUUUUGCACAACUAUUGUUCACUGACAUUUAAAUCUGUAAAAACAAUAACACCUCGGGGAGAAGAGGACAUGGAAAGAAAACGCAACGGGUUGUCGGCGGAGCGGAGCGUGUUGUGUCUGUUUGACGUGGACGGAACCCUGACACCACCACGGGAGAAAAUCGAUCCAAAGCUGGACGAGUUCUUCCAGGCUCUGCGGAGGAAAGUGAAGAUAGGCAUUGUGGGGGGCUCGGACUACCCGAAGAUAGCAGAGCAGCUCGGGGAGGGUGAUGAUGUGAUACACAAGUUUGACUAUGUGUUUGCGGAGAACGGGACAGUUCAGUACAAAGAUGGGAAACUGCUCUCAAAACAUGCCAUCCAGAACCACCUGGGAGAGGAGCUGCUGCAGGACCUGAUCAACUUCUGCCUCAGCUACAUGGGGCUCAUCAAGCUGCCAAAGAAGAGGGGGACUUUUAUCGAGUUCAGGAACGGGAUGAUUAAUAUUUCUCCCAUUGGUCGGAGCUGCACGCUGGAGGAACGAAUAGAAUUUUCUGAAAUUGACAAGAGAGAGAAGAUCAGGGAGAAAUUUGUUGCCGCCCUGAAAGAGGAGUUUGCAGGAAAGGGAUUACGCUUUACUAAAGGUGGUCUUAUCAGCUUUGAUGUUUUCCCGGAGGGCUGGGACAAGCGAUUGUGUUUAGAGCUGCUGGAGGGCGAAGGCCUGGAUGCCAUCUACUUCUUUGGCAACGAGACGUCAGACGGAGGAAACGACUAUGAAAUUUUCAACGACCCACGGACCAACGGUUUCACAGUCUACUCUCCUGAAGACACGGCCAGACUCUGUCGAGAGCUUUUCUUUAAUGAUUCACCGCUCGAGUCCUGACGCCGUGAUCUCACUGCUGAUCCCUUUUCACCCAUGAGCCCCUCUGAACUGGAUCACAACCAGAAUCUUGGCUAUUUCUGAACUGCUGAAAGGUACCGCCACUGAUCCCUCCAUGCUGUUCCUACUAUUGAUAAAUAUCAUGUGUUGACUUGACGACGUCUGCACAUUUCCUUUUUAAAGGGACAGUGACUGUGGAGGUGUUUCUGUUUAAAGUUCAAGUACUGUGUUGGAAGCUGUUUGCUGUGAUACGUAGCAUGUAACAUGAAUUUACCCAGAAGGCUUUGUGAGAGUCUAAAACAGCAAUGUUAAACCUCCAAUUACGGUACUUUAAGUGAUAUUUUGCACCACUGUUGGUAUGAUUUUAUUCCAGUAUCUGGUAUGAAUGCCACCACUAGAAUUGCGACGAGAGACAGAGACUGAGAUUAAAAUGUGAUUGUUUCUGUGUGAGUCCAGUUUGAGAGUGCGAUGUGAAUUCAGUGAAGACAGAAGCCUUUCACCUUGCAGAGAUGCGGAUGCAGGCCAGAGAACAUUCCAGGUGUUGAUGUCAGAACUGGAUGUGCAGGUGGUUUAGUAUGGGAUCGUCUGAGAGUCCGACUUUGUUUUAGGCUUCACAAAUCUGCUGCAGGUUAAACUACUGGGACACUGUCCUACCAUAAACAUGUAAAAUAAAUUUCACCUGAUAAAAAAGAAAGUGUGUGAAACUAUGCAGUUGAAGAAAAUGGCCAAAUUCAUUAAAUCAGGCUUGAAAAAUGAUUGUUUCAAAGCAAAUCUUGAAGCAAUGAUUUAUUACAUCUGUGCUUUUGACUGUUCUUUAAAGGGUUUUAUAUAAAUCUUUUUUUUUAAUCUCCUUUCAAAGUUACUGCCCCCCAACCAUGGUUAGAGUUUGAAGCUCACCAGCAGUAAUUCUGUCUGACGAUAAACGCUCCUUCAACCUGAAGAACUACAAUGAUUAUGUAGACUUGAUGAAGUGCAGUGUCAUGAACUGUAAAACUGACCAUAUUGUAUUUCAGCCACUGCAGGAAAACAUGUCAAUUUCAUUGGAAUAAAUCUUUUUUAUACAUCA